AUGAUUCCCGUGCUCUGCACCCAUGUGAAAGCCUUGUCCUUGCCCCGUUUGGAGGACGCCUUGCUGGCAGAUGACUGGGCUUUACCCGGUUGCCUGGUUUGGGACUACUGGCGCAGCCACAAGGUGCGCGACUUCACGGCGGAGCCUUGGCACUGGGCCACCCCACCGGAUCCUUCCAAAAGCCGCACCGUCAGCGGCACGCGAAAAGUCUCCAUGGUCAUGCCCGUGCCCCCGCAGCCCAUGUGUCCACCCGAGACGCGCGUCACGGUGAGUUAUGAUGUGGGACUGGCGCAUGAUGAGCACGGCAAGGACAUUCUUCAUGUGAAAUCCUCCGCGGUGUCUCAUGAUGUGCCUUACGGUGACCAUUUCAGCGUGGAGGAAAAAAUCGAAAUGCUUCGAGAAGGUGAUGGCGUUCUCGUCACCAAAUCGUGGUCUGCAGAUUUCGUAAAACGGACGUUCUUGCGGUCUAUGAUUGUGUCAAGUGUAAAGAACUCGCAGAAGGACACGUGCGACAAAUUGAUGGACGUGUUGCAGUCCUAUGCCGAUGAAGAUGGGUCUCCACUGGACAGUUAUUUUGGAUCCCCUCUUUCACGGAGCCCCAAGGAUUCGGAAGCGGCACUGCUGGACAGUGAUGGGGAGGAAUUCAUGUCAGUCGAGGGCGACGACUCGCCCUUUGAAGACAUUGAUGAUGGCGUUGCUCGUCGCAAUGAACGAACCCCCAAUCUGUGGCGGCGAAAUAGCAUUCAUCGCGCAUGCGUCGAGUUCGAGGUCUGGGAGCUUCAGCGGCGGACGACGAUGUUCCACGACGACUGGCGUGCGCCCUUUCUGCCGCACGACGGGCAGAAGCAAUCACGUUGGGUCGACGAGAGGUUCCAAAAGCAUCCCUCCAUCCUGAUGGCGAUGGAGAAGGCAGCCAUGGAGAACUCCCCUCCCAUCGAAGCACCUGCCGCGAUGGUGCCGCAGGAUCAUUGGCAAGUUGCUACGGAUGCCACAACGGACAAGGACGGCUGGCAAUAUGCCACGGAUUUUUACAAGAAAUCUGCAAGAUGGAAAGCGAAGGCCACGGUUGGCUUGUGCCGCAAGAGGCUCUGGAGAUGUUCUUAUGUGCGGCUGCCCAAAUUGGUGACACCUCGAACCAUUGUGGUGCAGGUUUGGGAGUUGCAACGCAGGACCACCAUCUUCCAGAGCGACUGGCGGGCACCGUUUUUACCGCACGACUUGAUGCGGCACCGCUUUCGCUGGGUGGAUAUGGAUUACAACACCCACCCCUGGUUCAAGGAGGAGGGAACAGCCUUGGCUUCUGCUGAGCAGCCGCCAGUGGCUGCGCCUGUCGGCUGGGAGGCUGAAGGCUGGGUAGUGGCACACCCAGGAGGCCCUUGUGAUUCCCGCCGAUGGCAAUACAGUUCGGAUCUCAACCGCUCCAACAACCGCUGGGGUUCUCAAUCCACCGGUCUGGGCUGUCGACGACGCCUGUGGAGUUGUGUCUUCACAGAAGGCUGUCGCGUGCUUUUGUGA